GGGAUUUCUCGUGGAGAGACGACUGGCGCUUCGUGGGACGGGUUCGUGGCAGUAGUGCCGAAGUGCUAGUUGGUGCUAGUGUUUUACAACACAAUCGUUCCCCUUUUUUUUACAACUGUGCGCUGAAAAUUAUUCCAACGCGGGGCACAAGGUGUCCCAGUGGCCAAAGCGACCGCACCGUGCAGUGUGAAAAGAGAUUUACUCGUCGUGAGGGACGAGCCAGCUGAAACAAUCGGGAAUAAUAAAAGUGUUUGAGGGAGUUUCACUCGGCGUUUUCACCGUUGCUACACUCUGUUCCCACAUUACCGCGAAUCCAUCGCUUUUUGCGGCCCCUCAGUGUCACUAAAGUGUCUCGUGUCUCAACAAUAAUCCAACAACAAUGGGGAGAACGUUCUGUCAGUCGUGCAAGAAAAAAUGCAGUGGAGAAGUUUUGAGAGUGCAGGACAAGUACUUUCACAUUGGAUGCUUCAAGUGUGCACAGUGCAAUAAUAGCCUCGCACAGGGUGGAUUUUUCGCGAAGGAGGGGUCGUACUACUGCACCAAGGAUUACCGCGAACGCUGGGGAACGAGAUGCGCUGGUUGUGGCGAGUACGUCGAGGGUGAUGUAGUGACAGCCGGAGAAAAACACGCAUUUCACCCCAAUUGUUUUCACUGCCAGAGAUGUAGACAGCCACUGUUGGGUCAAGGAACGAAAGUGACACUUGUUCAAGGUCAAGCUCUGUGCCAUCGUUGCGUGGGGAUACCAGUGCGCGAGGCAUCAACUCCACUGGGAAGUAAAUCCCAGGAUGGAGGGAUCAAGAGCACUGGCAGGGGGAGCAGUAAUGAUGCUGGUGCUUGUGCUGGAUGUGGUGAGAAACUUCAGGAGGGACAGGCACUUGUCGCUUUGGACAGGCAGUGGCACGUUUGGUGCUUCAAGUGUCACAGCUGUGACAGUGUUCUUCAUGGUGAAUACAUGGGAAAAGAUGGUGUUCCAUACUGUGAGAAAGAUUACCAGAAGCAAUUUGGUGUUAAAUGUGCAUACUGCAGUCGUUACAUAAGUGGAAAGGUCCUUCAAGCCGGUGAAAAUCAUCAUUUCCAUCCAACGUGUGCCCGCUGCACCAAGUGCGGUGAUCCCUUCGGCGAUGGAGAGGAGAUGUAUCUCCAGGGGGCAGCUAUCUGGCAUCCACGAUGUGGCCCAGGCCCAACUGGGCCCAAUGGCAUCGUCAAUGGACACGGUGCAACAGAUAUACACACCCCACAGCACAGAGAACAGUCUGAACGCAUCUCCAGCAGUGCAUCGGAGAUGCAGUAUUCAUUGAGAUCACGCACACCCAGUUUGAAUGGAUCGUUGUUGUGCAGCCCUUAUAGCAGCCUCAGUCGCAAGUACUACCCAGCACGUACCGGCUCACCAGGACUCAUCCUCCGAGAAUACGGCCGAGGUGGAGAGGACAUCUCUCGCAUCUGCACUUACUCAUACUUAACAGAGACACCGAGUCAAGGUUACCUGAGACGUCCGAUCCAGCCAUACGAUAAGCCACCAACGAGCCCCCACUUUCAUCGCCCAAGCUCCUCGAGGUCGAUAAGAAGCAGUGGAGGCAGAAGCAGUCGCUCGGGUAUGCGAGCCUUGGUGGAUGCACUCAGUGAGACGAGACCAAAAUCACCAGCAGCUGGCAGUCAAGUAGACAAUGACGAGCCCAUUGAAUUGGCCCACUAUCCUGACGCGAUGAAACGUCCACCUGGGGCGAAGCCUCCGAUAGAGCGUGACGACUUCCCAGCCCCACCUUAUCCUUACACAGACCCUGAGAGACGUCGAAGAUGGUCGGACACUUACAAAGGCGUGUCUGAUGAUGAGGACGAAGACCUCACAGCCACUGAGACCAACGACAAGGACAUACUCGAUGGGGUCCAAAAGAAUUACAUCAAGGAGGCUGAGCAGAAGCUCAAGAAAGAGCAGGAUGAAUUGAGUAAAAUUGAUACGGGCAUUGCCAAGGUCUUUCUUCAUGACAUCGAGAAGAACAGGGAGAACCUGAGACACAGGGCAGCCAAUGUCGAUCCCAGAAAUGCCUCCAGGACACCUUCGGCUGCUAGGGAACCCACGUAUCGACUGAGAUACGAGAGUCCAGUUGGCGCUUCACCAUCAAGAAAUAUUGAUCACGCUCGACCCUGGGAGGACGAGGACGGCGUAAGUUACAAAUCCAGCACUGGCCCCAGUUACAACGCCGGGAGAUCAUCGACUCGUUCCCCAGCACCCAGAAACUAUCCACCUAUCGGUAAUCAACGCGCCUUCACACUUCCAAACGCUGCUAGGCACUAUCAAUCGGGUGAUUAUUCAUUCAGUGGAAUGGGCGACAAAACGCACAGCACCGAUUUUUCCUCCGGCAAGUCAGAUAUAUCGACAGGCAGCAUCACAGACGUGGAUCGCCGAGCCCUGGUAUGUACAGCAGCCCCGUACUUCUCACGAAGAAUAAGCAUGAAUGAUGGUGGUAUCAUGCCAUCAUCAACGACGUACACCGGUGGUCUUGGUACCGCUGGUACUGGCCACGGACAUCACAUCAGACGCUCACUGCCGGACAUGGGAGCUGCCCCAACUGAACCACCAAAGCUUUAUCCUUAUCACCUGCUUAUUAUCACAAAUUACAGAUUGCCUGCUGACGUCGAUCGUUGCAAUCUAGAGCGACACUUAUCGGACGCUGAGUUCGAAGCAGUCCUUCAGUUCAGUCGAGCCGAAUUUUACAGACUGCCGCAGUGGCGCCGUAAUGAGAUUAAACGUCGCGCCCGAUUGUUUUAAACUCGGUAUUAGAAUUUCAAUUUUUAUCAACAAUGUGCACGAGUGCACAAUUCUCCUCUGCUGCAUAAGAAAAACGAAUAUAUUAUAUGAUAUUGAGAGGCAUAAAGUUUUAUCGAGAGGUAAAAAAAGGAUUUGAUUGGGGUUUUUGAAUCGCCAUGUCGAAUAGACGAUGUUAUUAAUGUCGGAUUCACAUUUUGUAACGCUUUUUCUUUCCGUCAUUUUAUUGAGAAGCCCAACCUUUUAGAGUUUAAAGUUGUUCAUGAGUCAUUACGAGAACAAAACAACUUCGCUUCGUUUAGAUGGAAAUGAUUGACGAACGAGUGCACUAUAAUUAAUAUAAUUGAGAAGAAAGAUACAUGUCGUUCGUCCAUCAUUUUUUUUUACAUAAUAAACAAGAAUACAUAUAAUCCCUGCGGACGUAGAUUCGUGUAUGUAUUUAUCAGAUAAGUUUUUCAAUAAUUCUUUAUAUUUGUUUGCUCCGCUGUCUUUAAUUUAUCACAUUUUUAACAAGUUUUAUCACUCUGAGAAAAGCAGAAACUUUGGCAACUAAAAUACAUAAACUGCCAGAUUGAUAUUCCAAGUGAAUGGAAGUGCAUAAUUCGAUAGGUAAGAGAGGAUUUUGCGAGGAUGAAGUUAUUAAGAUAGCUGAACGAACGUAAAUGGUAUUUUAACGCUAUUUGUUCGAGUGUCGUGAAGACGAUACUCCCACAAAUAUUUCAAUAUUUGCAUUUUACCCAGAAGUCAUGUGCCUAUAUGGAUGAAUGUCAGUGACAUUCGCAUAACACAGACAAUGUUUUUUUUCUUCAUUCGCAGACAAAAAUUUUAAAAAGUUAAGGAGCAUUGGAAAUUAUCGCAUAUCGUUAAGAUAAAAAGAAAACUUAUUCGUGCAAUGUAUAUUUUUGUUGUGAAGCAAAAUCAAGAGAAACAUAACGCUGAAAAAAUGGUGAAGUUGUUGUGAGAAAGAUGAGAAAAACGAAACAAUCAUACAAUUGGUACACUUCAUUUUUGCGAAAAGUUAAAGAAAAAAAACUGUUUUACAUUUGCCGUGUUGUACGAAGCACACACUGCUUCCGCUAGUCCACUAGCAUAAAUGAAAAAAAAAGUUGAAUAAAUACGCAAACUAUGAGUAA